CGGCUCUGGGCGUGGCGGCCAUUUUGUUUUGGGCAGCGAGCGGGAGGCGGCGGCGGCGGCGGCGGCGGCGGCGGCUGUGGUGGCACGGACUCAAGGCAGGAAAGGGCUGGCCGGGCGAGCAGGCGGACCGGCCGACCAGACAGCCGCCCGGCUACAACGAGCUAACCUAGCGACCUACCGCUUACACCUCUAACCAACCGCCCACCCAGUCAGCUCAGGUUCGGCCGGACCCCGGCCCGCGCGCCGCAGGCGUGGUGGCAGCCCCGGGAGGCGCACUGGCGUCCGUUUCCUUCGAUUCUCGGGAUUUGAAGAUGGCUGCACAGUCAGCGCCGAAAGUUGUGCUAAAAAGCACCACCAAGAUGUCUCUAAAUGAGCGCUUUACUAAUAUGCUGAAGAACAAACAGCCGAUGCCAGUGAAUAUUCGGGCUUCGAUGCAGCAACAACAGCAGCUAGCCAGUGCCAGAAACAGAAGACUGGCCCAGCAGAUGGAGAAUAGACCCUCUGUCCAGGCAGCAUUAAAACUUAAGCAGACUUUAUAUGCGAGUCCGGAGAGUGGCUGUGGAAGGAUAUGUCCAAGCUGUGGCUGGGCGUCUGGAGGGCGAUGCCAUGCAACUAAGAGCUUAAAGCAGCGCCUGGGUAAGAGUAACAUCCAGGCACGGUUAGGCCGACCCAUAGGGACCCUGGCCAGGGGAGCAAUCGGAGGACGAGGCCUGCCCAUAAUGCAGAGAGGCUUGCCCAGAGGAGGACUACGAGGGGGACGUGCCACCAGAACCCUGCUUAGGGGCGGGAUGUCGCUCCGAGGUCAAAACCUGCUCCGAGGUGGACGAGCCGUAGCUCCCCGAAUGGGCUUAAGAAGAGGUGGUGUUCGAGGUCGUGGAGGUCCUGGGAGAGGGGGCCUAGGGCGUGGAGCUAUGGGUCGUGGCGGAAUCGGUGGUAGAGGUCGGGGUAUGAUAGGUCGGGGAAGAGGGGGCUUUGGAGGCCGAGGCCGAGGCCGUGGACGAGGGAGAGGUGCCCUCACUCGCCCUGUGCUGACCAAGGAGCAGCUGGACAACCAGUUGGAUGCGUACAUGUCAAAAACAAAAGGACACCUGGAUGCCGAGUUGGAUGCUUAUAUGGCACAAACAGAUCCAGAAACCAAUGAUUGAAACCUGCCCGCCCUCCUGUGAGAGACUCUUGUUCAGAAGUCACCACAUCUGUAAAUAACCUUGAAAUAACAGAUGGAGAAGACACCUGAUUGAUGCUGGAAGGACCUAUCACAAUAGGCUAUGGACUUAACUUGCCACCAGUUUGUGCAUUUUAGUGUGUUCCUUUUACUUUUUUGAUACUGUGUUGUAUGAAACCCUUUUUUCCUCUGA